AUGAGUACAUAUAGGGUCAGAGGCGUGCCCGCCGACUGGGGUGAUCAACGAUUGCAAUCUUUCCUGAAUGAUCAAGAAACUGUUACAGAUGCGGUGAUUCAGUCCCUCGCUCAUGAUACUAACGGUAUAUGUCAGGUAGCAACAACGACUUUUGUGAAUUUACCUUCUCAGCUUCAGCAUGCCCAUAGCUGGUCCAUUCCAAUACCGAGGACGCCUAAUACUAAGCGUACCCGCAAACAAUAUCUAACGAUAGAUAAAGAUUUUCAUGGAUUGACUACGCUUUACACACCAUCUUCAGAAGAUCAUAAGAUAGAUAUUAUUGCAUUAUCAGGCCUUGGAGGCCAUGCUUUUGGCUCGUUCAAGGAGAAAGGUGGAAGUCAUAUGUGGUUGCGCGACUAUCUCCCUUACGACCUCACCUCGGAAGAUAAGCCGAUAGCUCGGGUUAUGAUCUACGGCUAUGAUUCGACUGUUUCUGAGAGCAAGAGCAUGCAGAAUCUAGAAGAUUUCGCUACCGUGUUUAAUGGUAGCCUACAAACCCUAAUGAAUACUGCAACAAUUCGGCCGAUCAUUCUUAUCGGUCAUAGUCUGGGGGGACUAAUCAUCAAACAAGCCCUUAUAUCGUUAUCGGGAUCGGAAAACAAAGAAAGCCGGACACUUAUCCGAGCUGUAUAUGGGGUGGUCUUCUUUGGAACCCCACACCAUGGCAUGGACAUCAGCUCACUGAUUCCCAUGGCUGGAAACGGGCCAAAUCGUUCCUUGAUAGAGUCUCUCAGCCACAAUAACUCGCAAAUCCUUACUAUGCAGCAUCGAGAGUUCCAUAAAGUCUUGGGAGAUGAGGGUGAAUCAGAAGUCUUCUGCUUUUACGAAACCCUAAAGUCACCAACAGCGCAACAAGACCAAUUUGGCGGCUGGACAAUGACUGGGCCUGAUGCAUUUUUAGUCACUAAGUCUUCAGCUACACACUGUCGUCCUUGGGAAGAUGGUGCUGAGAAUAUCUGUGCCCUUGCUCGUACACACUCUGAACUGGUUAAGUUUAAACCAAACGACUCUGAUUACGACAUCGUAAAAGGAAAAAUUGAGGGUAUUUGUAAACGGGCAUUUGUAGCGCGAGGCGUCACUUUCGAUCUUUACUGCAAAAAAUGUGAGGAAUAUGGACAUAUGGCUGACGCCCCUCACUGUGUCGACUGCAGUGAAUUUGGGCAUACUCAAUAUGAUGUUCACUGUUGGAAAUGCCAUAGGAGUGGACAUUAUGCCAACCAACACUGUUAUAAAUGUCAGUACUGGUGUCUCCUUUUACUUCUUGAGUCUUGA